CUCCUACAAUUUCUCCAGUACUCCAGUCCCACUCCACCAGACAUACACACAAAUCAUGGCUCCCAACCCUUCAACAAAAGCCAUACCUCCCAACCCAUUUUCUACCGCUUCGCUUAUGAUCUGCCUUGGGUUGCCUUAGUUUGUGAUCCAAGGCAGAUUGACGAUCUGACCUGCCGCCGCCGUCGUCCCCCCGACAUGGCUUUCCAAGACUUUGACCUCAUCUCCGAGCGGCGCAAAGCCGAGAGGAGGAAGAAGCUCCAGAUGAAAAUCGCCAUUGCGGUUGUUCUCAUUCUCAUCCUCCUCGUCGCCCUCGCUGCUGCGGUCUUCUAUUUUGUGAUGGUCAUGGAAAAGGACGACGGCCAUAAAAGGUCAGGGACGAAAUCCAAGACCACGCCGUUGGACUCGGGGAAAUCCGUCGGCGAGUCCGUCAAAGCGUUGUGCCACGGGACGGAUUUCGAGGACACGUGCGAGCGUACCCUUUCGACGGCGGGGGAGGAUGACGACUCCGCCCCGAAAAAACCCAAGGAGCUUCUUAGGAUUUCAAUGGUGGCGGCGGGGAAAGAGAUGGACAAAGCAGUCAAAAAAUCCGGCGAGGUCAAGCAAGACACGCCGCUGAAGAAGGCGGCGGCGAAGGAUUGCGCCGAGCUCCUCAAGGACGCCAAGGACGAUCUCGACACCGCCAUUGCAAGCAUCAAAGGAGACAAAAUCGGAAAUUUCUCCUCGCACGCCGCCGAUCUCGACAACUGGUUGAGCGCCGUCAUGACCUACCAAGACACGUGCAUUGACGGGUUCCCGGACGGCGAAGAAAAGACGGCGAUGGAGAAAUCCCUCAAGACCGCCAAGGAACUCGGCAGCAACGCUCUCGCCAUUGUCUCCCAGCUCGCUUCAGUCCUUUCCACGUUCGAACCCUCAGAAUCUCACGCCAAGCGACGCCUUUUAGCCGACGGGGUCCCUGAAUGGAUGAACGAUGAACAACGCAGAAUGCUAAAGGCCGAUAUUCCCAAGCAACCCCCCAACGCCACCGUCGCAAAAGACGGUAGCGGAAAAUUUUCCACCAUUAAUGCAGCACUAAAGGCAAUGCCGGCGAAGUACAAAGGACGGUACGUAAUUUUUGUCAAAGCAGGAAUUUAUGAUGAAAGCGUAGUAGUGACGAAAAAGAUGGUAAAUGUAACCAUGUAUGGUGAUGGAUCUCAGAAGACUAUAGUCACUGGAAAGAAAAGCUUGGCAGAUGGACUUUCCACAUACCAAACUGCAACCUUUGCUGUUGUGGGAGAAGGGUUCAUGGCACAAUUCAUCGGAUUCCGGAACACAGCGGGGCCGGAGAAGCACCAAGCGGUGGCGCUGAGAGUGGAAGCAGAUAAAUCAGUGUUUCUAAAUUGCCGUAUGGAAGGCUACCAAGAGACGCUCUACGUUCACACUCACCGGCAGUUCUACCGAGGAUGCUACAUCACCGGCACCGUCGACUUCAUUUUCGGCAACGCGGCGGCGGUUUUCCAGAACUGCGAGAUGGUCGUGCGGAAGCCGAUCGAAAACCAGCAGAACACCGUGACGGCGCAAGGACGGACGGACAAGCGCCAAACCACCGGAUUCGUGCUGCAGAACUGCCAAAUUUUGGCGGACGACCAUCUCGUCCCCCAUAAGGCGAAAUUCAAGAGCUAUUUGGGGCGGCCGUGGAAGGAAUAUUCCAGAACGAUCGUCAUGGAAACGGAGAUCGGCGAUUUAAUCGAACCCGAGGGAUGGAAGCCGUGGAAAGGCGAUUUUGCGCUGAAGACGCUGUACUACGCCGAGUACCAAAAUACCGGGCCGGGCUCGACCCUAUUGAAACGGGUGAAAUGGCCCGGAUACCAGGGCGCCAUUAAGAAAGAUGAGGCCACGAGAUACACGGUUGAGAGCUUCAUACAAGGAGAUACUUGGGUUAAGGCUUUAGAAUGUCCGGUUCAUUUGGGCCUCACCAACUAAUAACUCAAUCAAGAAGUUUCUUUGUUGCGAUGAUCCAUUUGCAACUUCUUGAAAUGCAUUUAUAUUUCAACAUUACCACCUGUUGUAUACUACAUACCCUGAAAUGAUUAUGCAUUUCGAGUUGCAUGA